GGGGCGUUUGUGUGCAGAAGGCAAGUCCUGCUACCACUCCCUCCUCUUCCAUUACUCAACCUCAUUCCAGCUUCCAGUCUGGACGUGCAAAGCAGCAAUAGAAGCAGCAGCUCAGAAGCUCUGGGAGAAGGAGAUAAUUCGCAGCCCAGGGAAAGGAUGUGAAGGAAGGACAGAGGCAGCCAGAGGAAGAGAAGCUUCGCUGGGCUCCAGUCAGAGACCAACUCACCCAUGGAGUCCCCAGCCCCUCUUUCCAGUGGUGCCACCAACAACUGCACCCACACCUCUGGAAACAGCACCCUCCUGUCUUCCUCGACCUCCAGUGUGACUGGCAUUGUCUUCCUACUCCUGGCUGCCCUUAUCGGGCUGCCUGGAAACCUCUUUGUCAUUUGGAGUAUCCUCUGGAAGAUGAAGCCGAGCCACCGCUCCGUCACCUGCCUCCUAGUCGUUAAUUUGGCAGUGGCCGAUGGGGUCGUGCUUCUCCUCACUCCUUUCUUCAUCAUCUUCCUCAUCUUCAAGAACUGGCUAUUCAGCCUAGCAGUUUGCAAAGGGGUCUACUACCUGUGCUGCAUCAACAUGUUUGCCAGCAUCUUCAUCAUCACCCUCAUGAGCGUGGACCGGUGUCUCGCAGUCAACCAGCCCUACUUCUCCCAAGCCAUUCGCAAGAAGCACUUGGUGGUCAAGAUCCUGUCAGGGAUUUGGGUGGCGGCCAUUUUGUUAUCCAUCCCGGCCCUCCUUUUCCGACAAGUAGUCAAGGAUCCCUCGGGGAGGUACAUCUGUGAGCCUUGCCACCCCAGGCCGAGCCUGACCAUCUUCCACUUCACCUUGGAAACCGUGGUGGCCUUUGUGAUACCCUUCACCCUCAUCGUCGGCUGCUAUUCUGCCAUUUUAAUCCGCCUCAGGGGAGUGAAGCGGAGACAGGGGGCUCGGACCGAGAAGCUCAUUGUCGCCAUUGUCAUCUGCUUUGCUGUCCUCUGGAUGCCCUACCACAUCGUCAACAUGCUCCAGGUAGCUUCCAACUUGUCGUCAGGGCGGACGGCGGAACAACUGGGGCAGGCCUGGAAGAGCGGCAGAGCCGGUGCCACAGCCUUGGCGUUCCUCAGCAGCAGCAUCAACCCUGUGCUCUACGUCUUCGUGGCUGGGAACCUCAUCAAGACCUCGGGGGCCAACUUCAUCGCCCAGUUCUUUGAGGGGGCAUCCGAUGGGCUCGGCAGAAGAUCCCAGUCCCACAAGAACCUGGCCAAAGACUUGGUGGUGGUGGCAGGGGCUGCCAUGGGCAUGGACCAGCAACCCCUGGAGAGUUGUGACGGGCUGGACAAGGAGCAAGACAGAGGGCCGGGUCUUGAUGGCACAAGAGAGCAACUCGGCUACAGACACUCCUAGACUGAAUCAUGCCAAGUUUCAACACAAGAUGUAAUUUAUGCUUUAUGAGUCAGUCCCGCCAGCUCAGUAUUGUUUACACCAGGUAUCUUCAACCUUUUCAGACUCAGGACCAACUUAUAAUGCAAACAUGCAUUUGGGGACCCGUUUCUUUGCCUUUUACCAUAAAUUUGCAUGGUGGGAGUGCUCCUGGUGUGAUCCAUCUUGGAUCGAACCUCAACCCACUAAUGGGGCCUGACCCACCAGUUGAAGACCAGUAGCUCACUGACUAGCAGCAACUUCCUAGGGUCUAUAACAGUGUGUUACCCCAGCCUGGCAGAGAUGCUCAGGAUUCAAGCUGGGACCUUCUUUACACAAAGAGUGUCCUCUACUGCUAAGCCAGGCCACAUCUCUAUCUGCUAGGCCUGGCUGCCUUAGCUACAGUGGUACCUCGGUUUAUGAACACAAUUGGUUCCGGAAGUCUGUUCAUAAACUGAAGUGUUCAUAAACUGAAGCGAACUUUCCCAUUGAAAGUAAUGGAAAGUGGAUUAAUCCGUUCCAGAUGGGUCCGCGGCGUUUGUAAACCAAAAAUUCGUAAACCAAGGUGUUCAUAAACCGAGGUUCCACUGUACUCUGUUUUUGGAAACUUGGCUUCUAGGAAACUCGUUGAGACCAUGUCCACACUACAAAGCUGCUAAAUUACUUUCACAGCUAUUGUUCCUUCAACCUAAGUCGGGUUAGAUCUGAUACUUGUUGCACUAAGCUUAGUCCAAAAUACAUAUGCUGGUAUAUGUUUCUGCCUUCAGGGCCAGACGUGGAACUUAUAAAACAAAGGGUGACUCUGGGCAUAUACAGAGUGUCUCCCUCCUCAAUAAAUAAUUUACACCUGGGGGUUAGAGGCAGGGAAGAGCUACACCUCUCAGUUCUUAAAUUAAGUACAACUUCUAUUCAGGAAAUGUUGGAGGGCAAUAGUAUAGAAGUGGGGGGAAUGUGGGUGAAGAACUGCUGGGAGAUUUGAUGUAGAUCAAUAAGAUUUUCUGAGUCCCAUUUGUUUAACAAUAGCAACAGCCUUUCUUAUUCCAAAUUAUUAUCAUUCUAUUAUUACAAGAGAUCAUAUACCACUUAGCACCGUGGCUUUUGUUCUCAUUUCGACUUUAUUUAUGCUUUAACAGUAAAUUGGUACAUCCAUUUCACAAUAUUCUUCGUUAUCCUUAUUUGACUUCCCCACACACCUGUCCAUAGGUUCUUUUUUAUUCUUAGUUGUGCUACAUAUCUUUCUACACCUUCUAAUUGAUUUAGCUGCUGUUCCUAUGUCUAGUCGUAGCGUAUUUGGAGAUUUAUGCAACUGCUAUAAUUCUUUAAAUAUUCCCUAAAGUUUUCCCACUCCUCUCUUAUGGUAUGUUCAUCCUGGUUUCUUACCUUUGCAGUCAGCAUCGCUAACUCCACAUGUUCUAUUAACUUCUUCUGCCAAUCCUCUUUUAUUGGACUGUUUUUGUGCUUCCACGUUUGUGCAUAGGCUAUUCUGGCCGCAGCAGUUGCUUAAAGAAAAAGAUUUAAUACAUUCUUAGGUAUCUCACCCUCUAUUAUACCCCAAAGGAACAUCUCUGGUGGGGGUUUUGGGGGGGAGGGGGAAUGUCAUCCUUAGCAUCUUUUAAAAUUCUUUCAAUAUUCCUUAGAUUUCUUACACCCCCACCACAUGAGCACAAGAUCGAUUAGAAUUAACCAUAAAAUCAGAAAAGCCUCCUCAAAAUGCCUCCUAAAAUUGUCUUCACUAAAUGCUUCACUAAGGGAAGGGGCCUUUCAGUCAGGAGGAAGUUCUGCAGAAAUGGAUGCACAAUGCUGAAUGCAAAGCUCCUGGUGGAUGCAAACCUGGCUCUGAGCCAUGGGGGAGAGGGGUUACGAACAACAAGUCCCUCCAAGAUCUCCAUCAGGCAUCCCCAAACUACGGCCCUCCAGAAGUUUUGGUCUACAACUCCCAUGAUCCCUAGCUAACAGGACCAGUGGUCAGGGAAGAUGGGAAUUGUAGGCCAAAACAUCUGGAGGGCCAAAGGGGGAUGCCUGAUCUCCAUGAUCAGGGAGGCAUGUAAAGUAUCAGAUGGCUCUUGAGGUUUCAUGGACACAAAUUGCUAAAGGCCUUGUAAACUACUCCAAGAACCAUGAACUUGGCCCACUAGCAUAUGGUCAACCAGUCUAGCUAUGAAAUUUUGCACCAACUGGAUCUUCCAGACCAGUUUUAAGUAAAAUGGGAACAUAAGAAGCUGCUUUUUACUGAGUCAGGUCAUUGGGAACCCUAGGAAACACAGAAAUAUGCCUUGGACUUUGGUCCAUCUCAUUCAGUAUUGUCUACACCAGGGGUCGGCAAGGUUUACCUCGCCUGGGCCGGUUCACUCCAGCGGAGAUCCCUCUGUGGGCCGGUUUGCACACGCGUGUGAGAGCAUGCACCUGGGAUUUCCGGCACCUGCACCUGUGCAGACGCAAUUUCUGGCACUGCGGAAGCAAGUCCCUGCACUGCACUGGUUUAGCACAUCAGGUGGGGACUCACUGAGCUGACAGCUUGGUUUGGGGGCAGCUCAUGGGCCGGUUAGACAACCCCCAUGGGCCGCUUGUGGCCCAUGGGCCUUCAGUUGCCUACCCCUGGUCUACACUGACUGGCAACAGCUCCUCGGGAUUUCAGACCAGAAUUCUCUUCCCAGUCCUACCAAGAGAAGCUGGGGAUCCCGGACUUUCUGCAAGCAAACGAUAUGCUCCACCAUUUAGCGACAGCCCUUCCCCAAAUUUGGCUGAUGAAAUCAGGCUUGAAUAGGCUGCUGAAAUGAGGAAAGUUUUGGGGCAGGUGGGGAACCAACAACCGGUUUUGCACAGAAAAGAAAUGUGAGCUUAGUUCUGGUGCUGAAAACAAAUUCCUCGGCUCAGGUGAGCCCAGAUGUUCCUUAAUUCUAAAUCCAUCUCUUUUUCUAAGCCCUUUUCUAAGCUUUCUUUGCUCCUUGCGGCUGGGCUCACACUGAUGACAAAGGAGAUUCCACAUUUUUGAAGUUUGCUAUGGUGUGAAGGAGAUCAGUGUUCUUCUAAUCAGCAACUCAACUAAGGUUGCCGCAUUUUACCAAAUUGUUGUUGAGUUGUUGUUUUUAAGAAAACCAAAGGUGGUUGGAUGAACUGAUCUUUUUAUAUUUCAAUGUAAGUUAUGUUGUUGUUUUCUGUACAGUUUCUCUCCCUCUGCCUCUCUUUUUUGUUAAAUGGGCAUGUUAUCCAUCUUGAUGUGGAAUAUUUCUAAACUUACGGCAGGGUUUCGUUUUGUUUUUCUAAUAAGCUAAAAUGGGCUAGGGUGUGCCCACAAGGAAAGAGAUCUGUAGAUCCACUCUGACAAAAACCUGCAUAGCAUUCCUUCACUAUCUGCCUACAGCGUAAGUGCCCAUUUUUGGAAGUUAAGAGUGGUGAAUUCAUUCUUGUUUUCUGAAGGUAGCAGGAUCCAGUAGGGACUUCUACACACAAACACAUCUCUAUUUCCAAUGUUCAUGCUGUGAGCGUCAUUGCUUUUGCAGCCGAAUGGGCACAGCCAAGAAGCAGCUGUUGCCAACAAGCAGGGAGCAAUUGCAAGGUUGUCAGAAGGGUUAGGGAGGGAAACUCCAAGUGGGGGAACUCCAAAAUCAGUCCGAUGAGGACUAAGCAUGUACAGUAGCCAGGGAAUGCCAGCUCAUAAUUGGAGGACGGAAGGAAAUCAGAAUUUGGAUGUGAACAGCAGCACUCCACGCCACACAUUUUGUUGCAGGUCUCACUUUUGAAACAGUUAUUCUGCAUGUGAAACCUCCGUUCCAUAUGCUGAAGAGGAGUAAAAAUCCAAAGUACAUAAAUAGACCAUCCUUAUUUGUGUUGGAUUGUUUGCAAUAAUAAACUAAGGAUUUCAUGUGAAUUGCUGAGGUGUGCCCAUUUGUUGUUGUUUUAAAUGAAAUGUCAGGGAAAAUUUCAGGCAUUUUAAGCCAGAGAGAGAGAGAGAGAGAGAGAGAGAGAGAGAGAAAUAUAUGGAUGAUAUUAGAAUUGGGGUCGGCGCUACUGU